AUGGAUCCCUUGUCGGAGUGGCCGGCUCUCCACUCUUUUUCGACCCGCUUAUCAGGCGUCCAAGGAACGCUGCAACUUUUUGCGUAUACCGUGUCUGCCGUCAGCCAGAACGCGGUGAGCCUGAUUUUGGGGACGAACAAGACACGACAGGAAUUAUUGUUGCGGUUGGCGUGGGGUGGAAAUGAAGAAGAAAAUGUACUUGCGUUGUCAGACGGGCAUUUCGCGACUCGAGAACACUGGGCCCGCGCAUAUGCGAACACAUGGGACGGCACGUUGCCCACAACACUGAACUACUAUGAGCACGUGGUAACCAGGAUAAAUCAAUGUAUCUGGUCAGGUGAUGUCGAGCCAUUAUGGCGCAAGUACAGGGCAAGGAGUACGCUUUCGCAAUGCGUCGGGCUUAUUCGAGCGAUACAGGGUCGUGAGACUCUGUGA